AACUGUAAUUAUCAAAUGUGCCCGUUAUCAUUCUCGAGUGUUGUUUGGUGCUCUUAUCUAAGGAAUACAUAAGUUCGGCGUUGAUAAUUGAUCCAGUUAGUUCAGUGGUUGAAAAUGUCAGGACCGACUGUCGCAGUGAAACAGGGCACCAUCCUUGGCACCACUGGAGUUAAUCUCAAUGGCGAGGAAUUCUACAAAUUUUUGGGCAUUCCCUAUGCAAAACCGCCCAUUGGACCGUUGCGCUUUAAGGCACCCGAACCAAGUGAACCAUGGGUGGGUACCCGGAGCUGCACCCAAGAUGGCAGCCCCUGCCUUAAUAUGCAUCCCGUUACGAAAAAACCUAUAGGUUCCGAAGACUGUUUAUUUCUCAACGUGCACACCCGAUCACUUCCCAAGCACCCGGUUUCACUGAAGCCAGUGAUGGUUUUUAUUCACGGUGGCGCCUUUACGUUGGGUUCGGGAACCCAGCAGAUGUGCGACUCAAAAUUCCUGCUCACCAAAGACAUCGUCCUGGUUUCUAUGAACUAUCGGCUGGGAGUAUUCGGCUUUCUCAGUCUGGAGGAUAACAUGUUGGAUGUGCCUGGAAACGCCGGCUUGAAGGACCAAACGAUGGCACUGAGAUGGGUGCAAGAGAACAUCGCUUGCUUCAACGGCGAUCCCGGAAAUGUAACCAUAUUUGGCAUCAGCGCUGGAGGGGCUUCGGUACAGUUCCAAAUAGUGUCGCCUACUGCAAAGGGGCUGUUUCACAAAGCGAUAGCGCAAAGCGGCUCAGUGCUCAAUCCGUGGGCUUGGGGCCAACGAAACGGCCUCCAAUUGGCUGAAAAGCUGGGCAAAAAGGUGACCAGUGAGAAAGAGGCUUUGAUCCUGCUUAGGGGCCUUUCCGAUGUUCAACUUUACGAGACCAGCCUACUACUAACAGACGAUUUUAUGAACAUGGCAGUCCGCAGGCCGUUUGGUCCGAUUAUUGAAAAACCGAAUCCAACAGCGUUUUUAUGCGAAGAUCCUGCUCUUAUUCUUGCCACUGGCCGAUACAACCAAGUACCUCAGAUUCUCGGAGCGUGUUCCAACGAGGGUCUGAUUUACGAGUUUUCAACUUUCUUUCGUGUGUCCGCGGAUUUUCAACCGGAAAAGCAGAUUAUUCCUUGGAACGUCAAACUGGCCGCAGAAAGUAAAACUUUAUGGCAGAAAAGGCUCAGUCAACUCUACUACAAAGACGGCGUUAAAAAAUCGGGAGUGUUUGAGCAAAUUGGCGAUGUGGGCUUCUACGUGGGAGUGACGGAGUCGACAAAGUUGGCUCUGAAAAACGCCAAACAACCGAUUUACUUGUACAAGUUUUCCUAUCAAGCUGACAUGGUGAAGCAAUUGUAUAAGUUAAUGCGACUUCCAGAAUCCACAGCAGGAGUGGCUCAUGGUAUGGAUGGUAACUUCCUAUUUCCCUGCCGCUGGAUUCCAGGAGUUGAACUGGAAGUGAAUGCAGAGGACGCGAAAGCCAUCCAAUCAGUGGUGGAAAUCUGGACGAACUUUGCCUACACAGGAAAUCCGCAUACCCAAUGGGAGCCUGUGACUGAUCUCGAAAAUCUGAAGUAUCUAGAUAUCGACAAGGAGACCCAAAUGCGUAACCAACUGUUGAAAGAGAGACUUGACGUUUGGGCAAAUCUGACUCAAAACACUGGAUUUUCGUUAACAGCACUGGAUACUCCCGCCAAAUAAUUUCAAAUAUUCACACUCACUGUACAGGGUGUUUCCUCAUAAGACACCCUCCUUAGAUCAUUUAUUUCAAAAAAUGAAAAAAAGUGGUAAAUGCUAAAGUUGUUCAUUAUUACGUAACUCUAACUUUUAAAAUCUUUUGUUAAUAUAAAAAUGAAAAGAUAUGAAAACAG